UAAAUCAAUUAUGUUAAAAUUAUCUAUGUGGAUUUCUUUACCUUUUGGAACCCAUCCGACUUUCAUAGUAAUACAAAUUUUGUAUUACAAAAGCAUAAUAAUUAUGCUUUUGUGAAUUACCUAUUCACGAAUAUUCUUUACGUGGGUUGUGCAAAGGACAGAUUAGGUACAAAUAAAAUCUCAGUUUCUGCCGGUUUGUACAUGUGUACUUGCUACCCGGAUCAUAUUAUUGACCUUCACAUCCAUUCAUCCCAAUCAGGUGGAAAUGUGUCAUCAUUACAUGCAAAAAGUGUUGUAAGAAAAGGCUUAAAUGCAAGUAAUCCUACAACACGCAUCAUAAAAGUACAUGUGCAAAACCUCUGUGUCGUCUGGUGUGAUUAAGUUCAAAGUCCAAACUUUCAUUCACUUUAGUUAAUUCUGAAAAACUUGGUUAGGUAUACAUACGUGUGUGUUGACGUUUACAGUUAUUAGUCAUAAUUGCUGAUUUCUACAACUCAAUAUUUGGGAAAAGUUGCACUGCCUGUUUUAUAAAAGGAGGAAACUGUGGCAUUUCAUCUCUUGCAAAUUGCAGAGCUAUCAAUUUAUUGAUUAUAAAAGCGAACAAGGAAGAAGAGGACAGUUAAUUCUCUCUGGAUAUUUUUCAAUAUAGAGACAAAAAAGUCUAAGAAUGAGUGUCAAGAUCACAAGAGAACUUGUCCAGCGCAUGGACCAAGAAGACAUCAUGACGGCGAUCAGUCGGAACAUCUUCCCAACGGACUUACGCCUACGAAGUGCAGGAAAUCGGAAAACAAUGGAUGACUCUUCUAUGCUCAAAGUUGAUGAAUCUUGCAGUAAGCUCCCUUCGUCGUCUGUCAAUGGUGGCACAAAAGUGGGGCCAGGAACGAAUUUAAAGCCCAUAAUGGAUGCAAAAUGUUUGAAUGGGCGACAGAAGGUUUACCAGCAUCAUAGCACGGAGAAUAAUUGUCUCAUGCGAUUUUCCAUCUACAUUCCUGAAACGGAAGACGCAAACCAAAAAUUUCAUGUCGUUAUUUUUCUCUCUGGAAUUAUGUGCAAUGAACAAAAUUUUCUUUUGAAAACGGGAUUCCAACAGUAUGCCAGUGAACAAAAUCUGAUUGUUGUUGGAGCAGAUACAAGUCCACGUGGGGUCGAGUACCCUGGGGAUCGGGACGCACCAAUUUUUGGACGAUCAGCAGGAUGGUACCUAGAUGCAACCCAAGAACCAUGGAAUAAGAAUUACAACAUGUACUCGUACAUUAGUAAAGAACUUCCAGAAAUUAUCAGGAAUAAUUUUCCCACAACGGGACAGUUUGGUCUUAUUGGACAUAGCAUGGGUGGCAAUGGUGCAGUAGUAAUUGGACUUCGAAACCCUUCAAUGUUCAAAUGUAUCACCCUGUUAGCUCCAUCUUGCAAUCCAACCUCCUGGGGUCAGGAGCUCAUUUUUAGGAAAUUCUUGGGAGAUGACGAAGAACAGUGGAAAAAGUUUGAUGCUUCUUGUGUAAUUCGGGAAUAUAAUGGACCAACCAGAGAAAUUAUGCUGGACCAGGGUGGUGAGGAUGAAUAUUUGGACUUCCUUCUUCCAAAAAGAUUGAAAACGUGUGCUGAAAAUAACGUGAAUGCAUGUGUAACUGUUGACCUCAAUAUGCGAGAAGGAUAUGAUCACUCGUACUAUUUUGUGGCGUCAUUUAUAGAAAACCAUCUUAUAUACCACAAAAAUGUUCUAGAUAAUACAUCAAUGUAAAUUACUCUUCAAAAAAUCCAUCAAUUGAAGAAUCUGAUGAACAUAGAUAAUCUUAUCUUGCCAAUAUAAAGUAUUAUUAUUUGUAUUUAUUUAUUUAGUGUUGUAUUAUGAACAUAGCUAUUGAUGUUCAAAGAAAUGUGCUAUGUUAAUAUGUUGGCUUUAAAUUUUUAGCAGUGUACCUGGACAAAAAUAAAAGCAUAUCUACAGAUUACGUAUGUAGGUAGAUAAUAUCUACUAGAUAUGUAUUAUAUUGAUGAAAGUUCAACGAAUAUACGUAACUUCCAGCCAUUUAUUGAUUCAUAAAUGUACAUCCAGCAAAUAAAGAAAGACAUACAAACUCA